AUGGAAGGGAACGGAAUAAGAGAGAGAUGCACUGAGAAGAUGAGAGGGCCGUGCAAGGUGGAUAAGAAUGCAAAUGAUAGGCUGGUUGGAAGAUGGAUGGAGAGGCUGAUGGGAGGAGAGAACAUUCGUGUGGAAGCUGACGAAGCAAGCAGAGUUGCUAAGAAUGUAACGGGGAAUGAGGAAGUGGGCAGUGUGGAGGAGAGGAAAGAGCGUAUUAGGCAAUUUGGAGAAACAAGGCUACAGGGUGUUUCUGGGGUGAAUCAGAGUGAGCACCUUUAUCUGCCAAGAAGCCUUAGGAAGUUAUCGAGGAUAUUCCGUGUUUUAGAGACUAUUGAAAGGUUCAAUGCAGACAGGGGGCUUACAACGAUAUUUAUUAAAUCGCAGAGGUGUAUUGAGAAGCUUGUGAAGCAGAAUGUAGGGCUUGAUGAUGUUGAAAGGAUGUACUUUGUUGCACCCGAGCUAUUUAAGUUCAAGAAGAUAAGUGUGCAUCAUGAAGGGAAGGAGGUUGACACGUUUGUUAUUUAUCUGAGUGGAGGAAGUGGAAGGUUUGAUGAGUGCCUGAUUGAAUAUGCGAAGCGGAUGCAUGCGAGAUUUAUUGAGAGCAGAGGGUAUCUGUGGAGCGGGAGUAGAUAUCAUCCUGAGUAUGAUAUUGAGGAACGAGAUGUUGAGAGAAUGAAGAUAUUUGAGGAUGAUAUGGAAAGUCCAAUAGGAAAGGAAGCAGUGAGCAAUCGAGAGAUGGAGUAUGUUCCAGUGAAGCAGAGCAGUGAGAUUAAAGAGAAGGGGAAAAGCAGAGCAUUAACGAUACUUGAGAGGAUAAAAGAAAAGGAAAGAUUGAGGAGAGAGGAGUUUAUGAGCAAAUCGAAGGAAGAGGAGGAUAACAGGAUGAUUAGUAAGAGGAUCCUACUGUUGUUUAAAUCUGAGAGCAAAAGAGCGAUUGCAGCAGAUAAGGUUAUUGGGAUGCUGAAUAUAUUUGAUGGGAUGAAUGUGAUUAAAAGGAUUAUGAAAUGGGAUGGAACAUUGUUUUAUAUGAAGACAAUGAAUGGAAGAAUAUAUAUUGUACUGUAUGAAAGCAAAGAAUAA